UUCCCCACCGCCUCUCUCUCUCUCUCUCUCUCUCUCUCUCUCUCUCUCUCUCUCUCUCUCUCUCUCUCUCUCUCUCCCUCUCUUCCUCCUCUCCAGCCUCCGCCGGUCGGCCUUCUUGCUCUGCGCCGGCGGUCUCCUUCCAGGUGCAGUUUCCAUGUCAGUGGAGUUCAGGUCCGAGUGCGAUGACAUCGAGGAGGCCAAGUCCCCCAGCAACACGAGCGUCGCCGCCGUCGCCGUCAAGAACGCCGACGCCUCGGUCUACAAGAUCAUCCACGGCUACCUGAAGCAGAAGAACAGCUCCAUCAUCAGAGUCGCCGCCGAUGUCGCCAGGAAAGCGGCUUCCAACAAGUUAUCCAGGAAGACCUCUGAUGUUUUCGACACCUUAAUCCAGCAGCAGCAGAGCAAGUGGGGAAACAAGACCGGGCCGUUGCUUUCCGGGAUUUGUUACUGCAUUGCUUCCUGCAGCAUGAUAUUGCUCAACAAGGUGGUUCUCUCCAGCUACAAUUUCGAUGCUGGCAUAUCACUGAUGCUAUAUCAGAACUUUGUAUGUGUGGUCAUUCUUCUCAUACUCGAGCUCUUCCGUGUUAUUACAACGGAGGAACUCACAUGGAAGUUGAUAAAAGUCUGGAUUCCGGUGAACCUUAUUUUCAUCGGGAUGCUAGUAACUGGAAUGUACAGUUUGAAGUACAUAAAUGUUGCGAUGGUGACAAUAUUAAAGAACAUGACAAACAUUAUAACAGCUAUAGGGGAGCUAUAUAUUUUCAGGAAGGGUCAGAAUAAGAAGGUUUGGGCUGCACUAUUUCUGAUGAUUGUAUCUGCUGUAUGCGGGGGAAUUACAGAUCUCUCUUUCCAUCUAAUUGGUUAUACGUGGCAAAUUCUGAAUUGCUUUCUAACAGCAGGCUACUCGCUCACACUAAGGCGCUUGAUGGAUACAGCUAAACAAUCAACAAAAUCUGGCUCCCUCAAUGAAGUUUCUAUGGUGUUACUCAACAACGCGCUAUCAAUUCCAUUCGCAAUCAUUUUGGUUGUAAUCUUUGACGAAUGGGAAUAUGUUUGUCAAGCUGAAGUUAUCAGAGAGCCUAUUUUCUGGGUUGUUGCAACAGCUAGUGGUUUGCUAGGUCUAGCAAUCAGCUUCUCUUCGGUGUGGUUUUUGCAUCAGACUGGUCCAACAACAUACAGUCUUGUUGGUUCUUUAAACAAGAUACCCAUUUCGGUUGCUGGUAUCUUGCUAUUCAAUGUCCCUGUAAGCGUCGAGAAUUUCUGUAGCAUAGUUUUUGGUCUUUUUGCUGGGAUAUUCUUUGCAAAGGCAAAAAUGUCCUAACACUGUUCUAUCCAAGUGUGGCUGUAACAUGAAAAGUUCCUGCGGCAGCUCUGCCUAUCAACUGUACAGAGAUAUGACAGAGUUCAUUUUGUCACGAAUGCCGCCCCCGUCGUGAAUUUUACAUUCUUUCUCUCCGGUCAUGAAUUUUACAUUCUUUCUACUCUCCAUGCACAGGGUAUGGGUACAGCAUGUGUGUGUAUGCCCUCACUCAGUUUUGUACCAUAACUAUGUCAAGGCAGAAAGAAAUCUGCAUGACUAAACAGCAACUGAAAUUGUUCCAAUCUCUCUGAUCAAGAAAUUGAGCAGAAUGUUUACACAAAAUAAAAGAAAAAUUUAUGGUUC